AUGGAACAAAACUUUCUGGACGAUGCUUCAGUGAAUCCAUCGGGUGAAAGCUGUCCGUAUGCGUUGUUAACAAUCGGCGUCCAACUACUAUUUGAAAUUACAACGUACCUUAGGGAAACACAUCAGCGCUUACCACAAGAUAAUGUGAAUUGUGAUGGAAAAUUAAGUCAUUCAUGUCAAAAUUCAUCAAGAAAUUCAAUAACCAAGCGUUCAUUAUCUCGUGAAGCAAGUGGUGACAAGAGAACCGAUAUGUUCAAACAUAACUAUCCCAUUGGAACUGGUGGUACGUCAUUCAAAAUCGCUAAAAGACGUCUGAGUAUACUUAUGCCUAUUUUUGGGAGCACGGGUAACAAUAGUCCUGAAGACGAUUCGGAAAAACAGCCAACUUCAACUUCGAAACCUGUAAUAACUACUAGUACUGAUCAGUCGGUUCCUGGACUGCUGGGCGAUUCAAAAGACUCACCAGAGUCUACAGCUGCAAGUGCAAACUAUCUUGAUCAGUCAUUAGAAGCAGAUGAAUCGCAGCAUCGCUUAUCGGUUAGCAAAGGGCUUCUACGUCGUCCUCGAGGUUCUGGCAGUUUCAGAUGCUUCACAUCUCAUGGGGCUGACUUAUUUAAUGGUUUUGAUCAGUACCCAAACCACUUGGGUCAAAUGAAUAGAGCUAGCAGUGGUGAUGUUUGUGCUGAGAAGUUUGAUGAUUACACUGAUUAUCCUGGUACUCCAGUUUAUGAGGAUGAUGUUCAAGAGGAUGUUCGGUAUGAAACAGAGCAGAACUCAGUGCGAAUGAGUCAUGUUAGCAAAACUUCAACGCACACGAAUCCAUUGCGUUCAAGAUCGAAACAAGAACAUCAUUCUAGGCUGGAUGAAGCGAUGAAGUCACAUACAUCUGUUCGACGUUCUGUAUCUGCUGCACUUACAUCCAAAAAAUCUUUAAAAACUAAUACUCUACAUCAUAUGUUAAAUUCUGGAGACAAUGAAACGUAUCAUACAUAUGAUUACACAUCUCAUAUGCCGUGGAUUGAUGCUGUUAUUGAAUUCGCAAAUUAUACAAACUUCAAUUGCAACCAUCAGAGCUCAUGUGCAUCAAACUGUUUUGAGCAUCAACAGCAUCAGUGUCGAAAUUUGUUGAAUGCUAUACAGCAAGUUUAUGAAUCACCAACUGAGAGCAGAUUCGUUCUGUCUGUUGAUCGUCAGUAUUUGUAUUCUCCGACUAACACCACUUCUGCUGCUAAUGGUACUACCGCGAAUACUACUACUACUGCCACAUUGUCAGGAAAUACAGGAACAACAUUGGACCGUGGAUCAAAUACAGCCCGUGAUUUGGGUACAGCACCACCAUUAUCGCACAGUGUAUUACAGCAAAAUCAACUUAACAUUUCCCAUUCAGAUAACUCUUCCGACCAGGAAAACGCAUCGCACAUUGAGUCUACAGAGGAUUUGUCGGAUUCAGAUAUUGGGCACCAACAACAAAUUAAACCUAAGAGUUUGAGAAACAAAAUUAAAACAUUGAAAAGUUCUACAAAUGUUAUUCAUUCUAAUGACAGUUUAACCGGGUUAAGUAAAUCAGGUGAAAACGAUGCUGAUAUGAAUAAUUAUUUGUUGAUGCAGCGGGGAACACUGGCAGCAGGAGGUGGAAGUGAAUUUCGAAAAAAUAGAUCUAAGCUGUUCACCAAAGCUGCAAAAAGAAAGGAGUCAAAUUUCAUCGGGUCAAGCUCAAGUCGUGAAAAUAUGAAUCUCCUGGAUAAAAUUCGGAUGAAAUCUUCUUAUCGUGCAGUGAAUCCAAGUUCAUUUGAAAGUGAUGCACCCGGUUUGACAGGCCUAAUCAAUUUAGGGAUGUUAGCUGGAGCCGGAGCUGGUUUAAUAAGGAAUUCUCGUCCAAGCAUUAAUUUAAACCCACCGCUACUUGGAAUUGAAGCAGAUGGGGGAAGUGAAAUUUUGCCAGGUUGUGAAGAGGAUGAUGAUGGUAAUAGAGGUCAAACUAGACGACCUAUUCGAUUUCGAAAACCCCACUCGGGAGAAUUGCCGAUUCAGUGUUAUUUGGAUAACCAUGUUAAGAAUCUCUGCAGUAGCAGUUUCAAUCUUCUAAAUAAAGCAGCUUUAUUACUCACGAGUGACCAAUUAGCCAAAAUGCUUCCACUGGCUUGGGAGUUGUUAUUGGAAACAGAGACUGAAUUAUCAUCUAGUGCAGCUUGCUUCAUAUUAUUCUGUGGUGUUCGAUGCCCGCAAAUUGUGCAGGAAAUGAUAUUAGACGAAAUGAGGCAUGAGAAAUCUGCCCAAAGAUUCAAUGCAAUAUUAAGAUUUAGAACGUUAUGGUGUCAUCGUUUUCAUGUUUGGUCACGUCUUGAAAAUAAUGCACCGAAUCAAUUAAAAGUGCCACCACCAUUUAUUGAAUUUGUCUUACCUUCCCCUACUUUGGGAUACCCGGGCUUUGAAGCUCCAGAUCCUGUCUGGCAAAUCCGCAAAGGAACGUCGGCUGAAGAGGUUCAGCUGAAACAAAACGAAGCUACGAAAACAUUCGUUACAGCUUCAACAUCAAGGCGCAAACAACAACAAGAACUACUAGCUCGUGCUAUAGCCACGGAAACAAUGCGAAGAAGAGAAGCAAGACAAUCGUUUCACUUGACAACUUGUCCCGUUCUUGAACGUGCAGCUAUUGAACCAGCUUUUAAUAAAGAACAUAGAGAUGAAAGCAAUAUUGAUGACAGUAUAGCAAAUUCUGGUGGAGGUAAUAGCGGGACAACUGGUGGACAGAUAGGAGGGUCCAGUUCAAUACAAGACGAAUAUACUGCAGCUGUUCGAAGGUUGAGUCUCGCACCAAUUAAUCGCACAGUACUCAAUCAAGCUCGUAAUUUAUCUUGGCGUCAAAGUUCAAUACCGUGGUUGAGAAAUAGUGUAAUUGCACAUGACGACGAAGAUCGUUGGUUGAAUGGAUUUCAUGCCUUAUUUCCAUCACAACCACUCCAGCAAGCUCAACUGAUAUUCCCAUCUGCUUUAUGCUCUGCAUCAGUUUCACUAAUUCACUUGUUAGACGAUACAGCAAUUAAUGAACAUGGAAUAGCCGUUAAUACAAUGGCUGAAUAUGUGAUAUUCAAUUGUCUAGUGGAAGACACAACACUAUUUUUACGGUUUAUAUUCGAGCGUCUGACGCGUAUAAGAAAUAAAGAUGAAUUAAUGUUUAUUCUACGCAAAAUGAUUCAACGUCUGCCUGAAUUACCAAUGCAAACUGCUCAUGCGAUAUUUAACAAUCUAGUUGGCUAUAUUAUGUUCCAUAUACGUACACCAAGUUUCAAUGCCCCUCAAUCCAUUGCCAGUGCAUUAUCUGUGCUACAUUUGGUCAUCCCACAUGUCCAAAAUGUUUACUUUAAAGAUCUGAAACAAACAAUGAGGCGGGAACAGAUUGAUACUGAGUUUUGUUUGUUUUUUAUUUGCGAUAGUAGAGAUAUCAUUCGUAAUUCUUCACAUUAUAUUCGGGAUUUCUAUCCGUUCAAACGUAACCAUACACCUAAAUUACGUUUACGUCAGUUCGACAAGAAGCGUGGCAUGUAUCUGCUUCAAGAAAAUGCACUCAAUUUGAAGUUUCAAGAAAUCGGCAAGGUGCUCUUCACGCUGUCAGUACUUCGAUGUACACCGACAACACAGAUUCCUAAUCAUGUUUUCUUUCUGCAUGAAGAAUUAAACAAAUUGCCAUCAUUUCCACGCAAAGCUCUAGAGUCAGAUUUUUGUCUUUACGAUUGGCCAACCUUCGGACGUCCAUUAUUUGCUUUAGAUACAGUACAUAAAUUAUCCUGGUGUCAUUUAUUAUCAAAUUUAUUCAUGAUGAUGCCUAAAACAUAUCCAUGGUCCUCAGAUUUACAAAUAUUUCUAAAUGUUUACAAUGGAACACUUAUACUGCACGCUGAAGACUCAUCAGUUCUGCGACAGUGUUUGGCAUUCUUUAUACAGUGCUGUUAUCAGUUCAAAACAGUUUUUUCGACUACAGGUUAUACUGGCAUUGUUCCGACUAUGAUGCGUGUUUACAAUCAGCAUAUGCAUAACUCCGUUCUGACACAAGGAAUUGAAUUUACAUUUAGACAGUUUUAUGUCAUGCACAGAACACCAUUUAUAUUACAAUUAUUAGGAAGUAUUGCUAACUACAUAACAAUUAAUAAUGAAAUAAUCGGUGCAGGAGAUGAAUUCUAUCGGAUUCAACCUGGAACUUUGUACAGAUUGUUACGAGUUAUUAGUCGUCCGUUAGAUGACAAUCUCCGGAUACUGGAAUUAUGCAAUAUUCAAAAGCCCCUAGAAGCUUUAGAUUUCUGCUAUGAUGACGAGGAUGCCAACUGGUCUAUUUUGGAAGUGAUAAAUCUGUGUGUAGCUGUUAUCGCAUAUGCCCCGGAUUCUUAUAGAACUAGACAAAUGCUGGUAAUUCUUCAGGCUUUACUCCCACUGAUCCUGAAAGACCUACCGUACAUUUGUGCAGAAGAAGGAAGUUGCACUGAUCCUAAAAAGGCUGAGUUAACAGCUAUCCAGAAGGUUUCAAUUGCAAUACGUCAGCUAAUUUCAACAACGGAAUUUAUGACCAGAAGAGUGGAAGAUACACGCCAGAUGAAUUACCUUGCUCCGGGUGGACCAACAGAAUGUCGUAAAGAAUCACCCGGUCGUUUAUUAACUGGUGUGGCUAGUAGAUUAGGAAAUUAUGAAGCAGUGAGGAGCAACUUCGCAAAGACAUUAGAUACAACAAAAGGUUUUCCCAUGUCAGUUAAUUUAAACAUCUCACAUGAAAAAGAAAAUCAGUCAGGUCAGGUGUUAGCCAAUCCUGUCACUACAACUAGCAGUCAUCAACGCUCAACAGCUUACGAACCAAAAGAAGCCGUUUUGCAAUUAGUUUGUGAAUUCUUAUCUACAUGUUCAGUGCGGCUUCUAGAAAUAGAAGAGAAGCAACGUAUCUGUGAUCUACUAGAUGCCAAAUCGCAUAUGAGACUAGCUGAUAUAGCUCAAUCUAUGCUGAAACAAGUUUCCAAUAGUCCAGAUUUUCUGGCCAGUUCAGCGCUACAGCGUUAUUUCCUAGAAGUACUUCCAAUUAUAGAUUGGAGUCAUGAAUCACUAAGAUCAUGUAAAGCAUUAGAAUGUCUUUUAGGCCGGUUCAAUAGGACUUUACCCAAAAUGCUUGAAUUCGCUAUUAAAUCAAAGGCGAUUCAUCACUGGGAUGAAAUUGUUAAGCUUAUUCGGUCAGUUUACUGUAUACUGAAAAAGAACCGAUCAGUUGCACAUAUGAAAGAAAUUCGUGUCUUGAUUGAAACGCUGAAGAAAGCCAUCGUUUUUGACAUAUCGGGUUGUCCAACUAAUUUUCCUAGACCCCGUCUAGAGAUUCCACCUAAUCACACCAUAGGUCACCACAACAGACCAAGUUUCGGUGAAGUAUUAUUCGGCAUUACAUCACAAGAAUCCAGUAGUAUAAGUGCGUCAGUUGGAGUGAUAAAACCUUCUGGCAAAACAAAAUAUGCUCCUUUGAAUGGUGAAGCAGGAUCCUGUUGUUCACCUAGGCAUAGUAACCAAGAGAAUUUCAGUGAAACUAUGUUUGACGACAGUGAUAAAUAUGCAUGCCAGUUUGCGGCUGAAGUGAUUCGCCUUUUAUCUCUGUUUUCACAAAUUUUGGGAUCUCACUGUAGCUUAAAAGAUUUGUGUGAACGAAUCUCACCAGACUACAAUAUUCGUUUCCCAACAUUACUAGAAGAAGGAUUCCAGACACUCGUCAUUUAUUUAAAUAGGCUAAUAUUGCCGUUGUUAUUCAGAGGCUGUGCAGGACGCAAAGACUCGCCAACUCUUUCAAGAGACAAUGUUUUCUAUGCACUGGAUGUAUGCAUAACAGCCCUAUUUGCAACUGACAAUCUCUCUAGCGUUGCUGAGCAAAGAACUACACGUAAUUUACCUGCUGUGACCAAUCUGAUGCAGCAGCAACAACAACAAACAAUUGGAUCUAAUAAAAUUAAUAAAGGUCAAACUGGUCCUUCAGGCUUUGAACUGCGCAUCAACCCAAGUAUUUCAUUUAAUCGUCCAGCUACUGGAUCAGUAGCACAGGACAAUGCUUCUUCCAUUACUACUACUACUACUACUACUAAUAAUAAUAAUAAUAAUAAUAAUAAUAAUAAUAAUAACACUUUGAUAAAGCUGGUUAAUUUAUCCAAUUUGUCGACAGAUCAUGAGGGUGGUUCUUAUACCAGUUUAACGCGUCUACUAAGCCCGUCAUUAGUUGCAACUCUACCGGAUGACUACGGUCAGUCAAUUGCUCCAGUACAAGUUAGUGUAUCCAGUAAGUCUCAAGGGAAACAGGAAAGUUUUCAGUUGAAGUCACGUCCUUCAGUUAUACCACCCUUGAAUAAAACAAACAUUUUAACUCAGAAAAACCGGCAACAAGUGUAUCAUUCUAAACUUUUAGAUCAUUCUUCAGUCUGUUUUGGCUUUCCGAUGCAAAACGUUAGAAAUUUCAAAGCUGACUUUUCACACAGGUUAGGAUUUCUGGGUCUAAAGUUAAUUCUUGUGGCUUAUUCACGUCACACAACUGUUCGGAUGAAACUACUGGUUGCUGCAUUAACACAGCUAGCUUUAAAUGGUCAAAAUGGUAUUCAGUUGUGGAAAUUUUUCGAUUUUCUUGUCACAUACAGACCACCAUUAUUUGUACACCUUUUACCGUUCAUACGAUUUAAAAUGGCACUACUUCAGUGUGCGAGUCAAGGAGAGCAAGCAUACCAGCAGAUUGUUAAUCAAAAAUUAAUUGGAUUACAUCUGCCUAUUCCACAAACUAUCGCCUCUGUUUUAAGAAGUCUGUCAAAUGAACUGCAAAUGAUCAAUGCCGACAUCAAGAUUUUCAGUAAACAAACCUAUCGUGAAAUAACUCCACCCAGGACUUCAAGUUUACAUGAUUCAUUGCGUCGUCUACGCUCCUCAGAUAAUACUAGCUCGGCCUCUCCUCACAGUAAUAAACAUGCCAAAGUAACUAAAGUUCUGUCGAAGGAUACAGGAGAAUACCUGCAUAAAUCUACAUACAAAAUGUCCUCUAAAGAUCAAAUGAAACAGAAGCCGAGAUUGCACGUUCUGUCUUCUGUUACAUCGGACUCCACAUGCAGCAUAGAUUAUCGCGAGGAAAACAUCAUUGGAAUCUUACAUUUGGACAGCCAGUUACGUGGUAGAAAAAGUAUUAACCAGGAAUAUAGGCCAACUGUGGCAAUAAGAGAUCCACGAAAACGUAUUGAUGCCCACGAAGACAGAUCCAAUCCUAACUGCUUCAACCGAAAGUCUUGUAAGGAAAGUCAGAAAACAGUACACAAAAGGAUCCAAACACAUCCAAAUGAGUCCAAGUCGGCUGCAGGAGCUCAAGUAUGCUAUAAAAAUCUUUAUACCGAUACUUUGAAACCAAGAUUAUCGAAUGAUUCAAACGCAGAUAAUCAAAGUGAAAAUUCACUAGUGAGUGAAGGUUUAAUAACGCCUGUGGGACCAGCGGCAGCUGCGGCAAUCGCCUCAUCACUUUAUGGCUCCGGUGCCCCCUAUCUACAUGCACGCGUACGAGCACGUCAAGAAUUAGCUUCAUUAGUCAGAAUAUCAGCACCCAAGCUAAGUACAAAUGAAAGACUAUCUGAAAUAGACUCCGCAAUUGUACCUGAAUUAAGUGGUGAUGAUAACGAGAAUAAAUCACCGAAUGAUCAGAAAUCCAAGUUUCAGUUAAGUAAAGUAGGACACAAGCUAACAGAGAAACCUAAUGACUUGGAAGAGAAAUGUCCUGAUAAAAAAGACCAUUUAGAUGACAUUACAAAGCUAACGAUAUCAGUGUCAACGCUACCAACCACAACUACUACAAAAAUAACAAAGAAAGAGAUAGAACAGGCGGUUGGCAAUAAAACUUCUUCAAUUAUUCCGGAAAUGUCGAAAAUUAAUUACGUUUGA